GUCCACUGAUAACCCAGCUGCCGAGGAACUGAGGAGCAACAGCUCCAAACUUCUCAGCUGUUGACAGGCUUGACUUGCUGAGAACACUGGUUAAAUAUAGCACACGCGAGCUCAGCUCCUCAACAAAGUCAUUGCUCUGACGGUGUUGUGAAGGGAGCAGAAGACGAGAAACCUAAUCUCAGAACCCAACAACACCUAGCAACAGUUGAAAAAACUUUUAAACAAAAGUCUGGGUGGGAGAUACACAGCAGCCUCCAAUUUCUGCUGAUCGGGAUUUCAGGGAGAAGAAGCUGCUUUCCCCCCUGCUCUCUACCCAGUUUCCUGCAUGACUUCAGCUAUUGGCCAGUCCUAGGAAAGAAAGUGGGAAAAGCUUUUUCCUCUGUAUUCUUUCGGGCUGGAUAGUUUUCCAGGACUCCAGUCUCAGGCUGUGGGACAAGCCACUGGGUUCUUCAAAGGAUACGCUACCUCCCUAAGGACGUACCCUUGGUUAGACAAGCUGCCAGUCAGGUGGGAAUGAGAUCCCAAAACCAGGGUGGAGAAAGUCCAUCCAAUGGGCAUGGCUCCUGCCCCAAGUCCUCCAUCAUCAGCAAUGUUGAUGGUAAAAGUCUCUCAGAAGAUACAAAAAAGAAGAACAAAUCAAAUAGAAAGGAGGAUGAUGUCAUGGCUUCAGGAACUGUCAAACGACACCUGAAACCAUCUGGAGACAGUGAACGAAAGAAUAAGAAAUCCUUGGAGUUGUCCAAAGAAGACCUCAUCCAGCUACUCAGUAUAAUGGAAGGGGAGUUGCAGGCCAGAGAAGAUGUGAUCCACAUGCUGAAGACGGAGAAGACCAAGCCUGAGGUUCUGGAGGCUCAUUAUGGGUCUGCGGAGCCGGAGAAAGUGCUGCGAGUCCUGCACCGAGACGCCAUACUAGCCCAGGAGAAGUCUGUAGGGGAGGACGUGUACGAGAAACCCAUCUCAGAGCUGGACAGACUUGAGGAAAAACAGAAGGAAACCUACAGGCGCAUGCUAGAGCAGCUGCUGCUGGCGGAGAAGUGUCACCGGCGCACAGUGUAUGAGCUGGAGAACGAAAAGCACAAGCACACGGACUACAUGAACAAGAGCGACGACUUCACCAACCUGCUGGAGCAGGAGCGGGAGAGGUUGAAAAAACUCCUUGAACAAGAAAAGGCUUACCAAGCCCGCAAAGAAAAGGAAAACGCUAAGCGGCUCAACAAACUGAGAGAUGAGCUUGUGAAACUCAAGUCCUUUGCACUCAUGCUGGUGGAUGAAAGGCAAAUGCAUAUUGAGCAACUUGGCCUACAAAGCCAGAAAGUACAGGACCUGACUCAGAAGCUGAGGGAAGAAGAAGAAAAGCUCAAAGCCAUUACUUCCAAAUCCAAAGAAGACAGACAGAAAUUGCUCAAGUUGGAAGUUGAUUUUGAACACAAGGCUUCAAGGUUUUCCCAGGAGCAUGAAGAGAUGAACGCAAAGUUGGUCAAUCAGGAAUCUCACAACAGGCAACUCAGACUCAAGGUGGUGGGUCUGACCCAGAGAAUCGAGGAGCUGGAAGAGACCAACAGAAAUCUGCAGAAGGCGGAGGAAGAGCUUCAGGAACUCAGAGAUAAAAUCGCCAAAGGGGAAUGUGGCAACUCCACCCUCAUGGCGGAAGUGGAAAAUCUACGGAAGCGUGUCCUUGAGAUGGAGGGUAAGGAUGAGGAGAUUACGAAAACUGAAUCCCAGUGCAGGGAACUGAGAAAGAAGCUGCAGGAGGAAGAACACCACAGCCGUGAGCUCAAACUUGAGGUUGAGAAGUUACAGAAGAGAAUGUCUGAACUGGAGAAACUGGAAGAAGCCUUUAGCAAGAGUAAAUCUGAGUGUACCCAGCUGCAUUUAAAUCUGGAGAAAGAAAAGAACUUAACCAAGGACCUGCUCAAUGAACUGGAGGUGGUCAAGAGUCGGGUUAAAGAGCUAGAAUGUUCAGAAAGUAGACUGGAAAAGGCUGAAUUAAGCCUAAAAGAUGAUCUCACCAAGCUGAAGUCAUUUACUGUCAUGCUGGUGGAUGAAAGGAAAAAUAUGAUGGAAAAAAUAAAGCAAGAAGAAAGAAAAGUGGAUGGACUCAAUAAAAAUUUUAAGGUGGAACAAGGAAAGGUUAUGGAUGUAACUGAAAAACUCAUUGAAGAAAGUAAGAAGCUUUUAAAACUGAAAUCUGAAAUGGAGGAAAAGGUAUACAAUUUGACAAAAGAGAGAGAUGAGUUACUUGGGAAACUGAAAAGUGAAGAAGAAAAAUCCUCUGAAUUGAGCUGCAGUGUUGACUUAUUAAAGAAAAGACUUGAUGGGAUAGAGGAAGUGGAAAGAGAAAUAACAAGAGGUCGGUCUCGAAAAGGCCCUGAACUCACCUGCCCAGAAGAUAACAAAAUUAAGGAACUAACCCUCGAAAUUGAGAGACUGAAGAAGCGUCUCCAGCAACUGGAGGUGGUUGAAGGAGAUUUGAUGAAGACAGAGGAUGAGUACGAUCAGCUGGAGCAGAAAUUUAGAACCGAGCAGGACAAGGCAAAUUUCCUGUCUCAACAACUGGAGGAGAUAAAACACCAAAUGGCCAAGAACAAAGCCAUAGAGAAAGGUGAGGCUGUGAGCCAGGAAGCUGAGCUGAGACACAGAUUUCGGCUGGAAGAAGCCAAGAGCCGGGACUUAAAAGCCGAAGUGCAAGCUCUUAAAGAGAAGAUCCAUGAAUUAAUGAACAAGGAAGAUCAGCUUUCUCAGCUCCAGGUGGAUUAUUCCGUCCUUCAACAAAGGUUUAUGGAAGAAGAAAAUAAGAACAAAAACAUGGGGCAGGAGGUCCUGCAUCUGACCAAGGAGCUGGAGCUUUCCAAGCGUUACAGCCGUGCCCUUAGACCCAGUGUGAACGGCAGGAGGAUGGUGGACAUUCCCGUGACAUCCACGGGCGUCCAGACAGAUGCUGUCAGCAGCGAGGCUGCAGAGGAGGAGACACCAGCCGUGUUUAUUCGGAAAUCCUUCCAAGAGGAAAAUCACAUCAUGAGUAACCUUCGACAGGUGGGACUAAAGAAACCCAUGGAACGUUCCUCGGUUCUCGACAGGUAUCCGCCAGCGGCCAACGAGCUCACCAUGCGGAAGUCUUGGAUUCCGUGGAUGAGAAAAAGAGAAAAUGGACCCCCAAUGACUCCAGAGAAAGGACCGCGAACAAACCCCAGUCCAGGGCACCCGGGAGAGCUGGUUCUUUCACCCAAGCAGGGCCAGCCCUUGCACAUCCGAGUGACCCCAGACCACGAGAACAGCACCGCAACCUUGGAGAUAACAAGCCCCACAGCGGAAGAAUUUUUUUCUAGUACCACCGUCAUUCCUACCUUAGGGAAUCAGAAACCGAGGAUAACCAUUAUUCCAUCACCCAAUGUCAUGUCUCAAAAACAAAAAAGUGGAGAUGCUACUCUCGGCACAGAGCGAGACACGUCCCCUGUCACAAUUACUACGUUUUCCAGAGAGAAAGCCCCGGAAAGUGGAAGAGGGGCGUUUGCAGACAGGCCCACAUCCCCCAUCCAAAUCAUGACGGUGUCCACAGCCGCUGCCCCAGCUGAGAUCAUCCCUCCAGAACCCCAGGAAAUGCCCAUGGGAAGGACUGUCCUCAAAGUCACCCCAGAGAAGCAGACUGUUCCAGCUCCAGUCCGGAAGUACAACUCCAAUGCCAACAUCAUAACCACGGAAGACAAUAAAAUUCAUAUUCAUUUGGGUUCUCAGUUUAAGCGCUCCCCUGGGACGUCAGCUGAAGGAGCAAGUCCAGUGAUUACUGUCCGACCUGUCAGCGUGACAGCUGAAAAGGAGGUGGCCACUGGCACGGUCCUUCGCUCUCCCAGGAACCAUCUGUCCUCACGCCCGGGUGCCAGCAAAGUGACCAGCACCAUCACCAUCACACCAGUCACAACCUCGUCUGCCCGAGGAACCCAGUCAGUGUCUGGACCAGACGGGUCAUCCCAGCGACCUACCCCUACCCGCAUUCCUAUGUCAAAAGGUAUGAAAGCAGGAAAGCCAGUAGUGGCAGCCCCAGGAGCAGGAAAUCUGACCAAAUUCGAGCCUCGAGCUGAGACUCAGUCUAUGAAAAUAGAGCUGAAGAAGUCUGCGGCCGGCAGCGCCACCUCUCCUGGAGGGGGAAGGGCUGAGGGCAGUGGCUGAGGGGAAAGCAUCAUCAUCCACCAGUUACGCAUGAGCUCCAGAUGAAACGGUAAACCCAGCACACACUGAGUGUGGGUACUUCCUCUGAACCUCUGUCGGAUGGAUGGUAUUUCUACAGCCCUUCAGCAUCACUAAGGUUCUCCAUGCUACUGAUUGAUCACCACUGGAAAUAAUUUUAUACUUCCAGUGAAUUUUUUUUGAGAAUAUAAAUGUAAAAACUGAAAAUGCUGUUGCUGGUAAUAUAAAACUAGGUAGCGAGAGCAAUUCAAUCUUUACGUCAAAAGAAAUUUCCCUUCCUUUUGCGAAGCUUUCAGGUCCAUGGGCACAUGCUAUGUAAUUUAUUUUUAUAAUUCACUUUGUAAUGUGAUUUUUUUUUUUCCUCAAGCGUUUCCUUUUUCCUAGUCUCUGGCACAUACAUUUGUAGAAUACACUGUCGGUUCUUCAAAGUAUCAGUAUUGGUGCAUUCAAAAUGGUAACCUAGACUGAUUUUAUUACUUUGUUAUUUCUGAAAAAAGGAAAAGAAAAUACAACAUUCUCUGUAUUUCCUUGGGUAAAUUCAAGAGGUAAAAACAAAGCAGGAGAUUCUCGAAAAAGUGUGAUUAUUGCCUGUACAAAGCUGUGGUUCUGAUCAUGGUUCGACACUAACAAAUUCAAAUAAUGCUCUGAUUUAAGAGUUUAAUUUUAAAUACUUAAACCAGUUUUUAAAGUUGCUCUUUCUGGUGUUCUGUGCCGAAAAUCUGGGAUGAACUGUUUUUCAUAUGGAAUAAAUUAAUAGGAGGAGCUGUAUAUGUUUAACCAGUAAGCAUUGUAGGAACAGCUUCUAUUGACAGUUCAAUUAUAUUUCUGUUUGCGUUAUUUACUUUAUGUACAGGACCUAUAAUAAGGAUUGUGACAUCAGGAUAUUUUUUUCACAAUCUACCCAAAUGAAAGCCUGAAAAUAAAAACUGAUCUAGAUAAUAUCAGCAUCUUUUUUGAAAAAAUGAUAAGAGAGAUCUCAAGAUAGAUAGUUUUUUUUUUUUUCUUUGUAGCUAGAGUUUGGACAGGUUUUUAUAACCACAUGUAGGUUAGAGAAUACAUUUGGAUUCAAAGCACAACAUGCAUUACUCAAAUCUCAGUGUCAGAUCUGCUGUUAAAUUUAGGUUUGUGUUAAAAUGUACAUUUAAAAUCUACUUGAAAUCCUAAUAGUAUAGGUUGUCUUUUUUUAAUAGACUUUGUUAAUGUGGACCUUCUUUCAGUAAGAUUUUUUUUUUUUUUUUUUUGGCCACACCUGUAGCAUUCAGAAGUUCCCAGGUCAGGGGUCAAACCUGAGCCAUGGCAGUGACCCAAGCUACAGAAGUGACCAUUCUGGGUCCUCACCCUGCUGAGCCACCAGGGAACUCCUCGAUACAGUCUUUAAAAGAUAAUUUUAAAGAUAAAUGAAGAGUUGACACAUCAAUUUCUAGAUGCAGAAAUCGUGUAUCAUGUUAACUUUACUGAGAUAAAAGAAAGAAUGCUCCAAAUUUCACAAAGAUAACUAGAAAGCACACAGAUAAUUAAAACAACACUGUUGGCCCUCUUCUUUAGUCCACAGGUUGUACCCGGGCUCCUAAGGCCAUAGAGGAGAGGUCCACACUGAAUCUCUGGCACAGAAAAAUUAAUGUUGGAUUCCCUUCCCUAUGUAACUCGGGAAGGUUUUAAGGUAUACCUCGUGGAAUUAGCAAAUCAUAUUCAGUAGCUAUUAUAAAUUAAAUCACUUUAUGUAAAAGUUGCUUUUUGUAAGUAACAGAAAUACUACCGUAGGCUUAUCCUAGCAUGAAUGAUUAUGAACACAUCCCAGAACCUUCAGGGCUUCAUUACUGAUUAAGAAAACUAGAGUGUGUAUGUGUAAAGAUUUUAAAAUUUUUCAUUCUGGGUUUUGAUUUUGGAAAUGCUUCUUAAUGGUUAUGACAGUUUCAAUUAGAAAAGGGUUUUCUUUCGCAUGGUUGUACUUUUUGAUUCACAGUUAAUUUCCCUAUUUGCCAAUGCUUAUACUUCUAAUGGCAAAAAUAUUCAGGUACAUCACAAACUAGCAUUUGAAGAAAAUACAUUUCUUACCUUGUGGAAAUUUUAUUACACUAAUAACAAGGCUAGAAGAUACAACUUUACAUACUUCUUGACUUUAAUUUAAAAUAUUAUAAAUGAUUUAUGUAUAUUUGAAUCUAAAGUUUUUAUUUCUCCUGAAUUUAUAAUGCCAAACAGAGUGAGGUCGAUGGUGUAAUCAGAAUCAUUUAGACGGAGGCUGAGUUUUUUUCUGCCCAUGCCAUGAUCAAGUCCUCUGUUUAAACCCAAAUGGCAUCUGAGUGACAGAGGAGUAAAAUUAAGCUAAGUUAAUCAGAUGUUAGUUGUCUUGAAAUAAAAUGAGGAUGUUAAAAAUUAAUAGAAAAUUAGAAAUACCAAUAGAUCAUAAAUGGCCAUGUCCCAAUAUCAACAUCCAGUGGGAAAAAAUUGCCCCCACAUGCAAUCCUGGCACCAUCCUAGGCUCACAUAAUUUCUGUAUCUUUUAUUGCAAGUAAAUCUCCAAUCAUCAAUAUGAAUGAGAAUCAGUUUUUGAAUGGAAUAACUAUCUUUUCUGAAAUAUAGUCGUAAUCAGUGUUUGCUGGUGAAGGUACAAUAAUUGAACUAAUCCAUUAUUUUACCUUUUUUUUUUUUUUAAGAGAGUGUUCAUUGAGGUAUUUUAUGCAAAGAUUUUUUUCAAGUAUUUUAUAAAAUAUUAGAGUUUGAUGAAGAUCGUGGUAGAGUAAAAAUUCCAGAUAUUAGAUGCCUGGAAUGUUCACAAAAUGUGAAGAAAUAAUUCUAUCUUAAGACAACCGUUUGAGAAAAAUUCAUGGUAUGGAAUAUCUACCUUAAACAUCAAUAGAGACACCAAUCCUACUGAAAUAAUUCAUGGCUUCUAAAAAUCAGUGACAAGCAAGAGUAAAUGGCGUAUCACACAAUGCAAUUAAUAUGUUUCUGUCUUUUCUCUUUAAACUGUGGUUGAAUUUUCAUGGAAAUAAAUAAAAAACAUAGCAAAAGUAGGGUGUGUUCAUGAAUCUAAUGAGCAACAAUUCUAAAAAUAAUAAAAAUGCAAGAUGUGAAGUUUAAAAAAAAACACAUAUCUGGCACUUGAAGCCUAUUUUCGCUCACGCCCCAGUGCUAUGCCUCUGCUAAAAAUACUAGUCAGAAGGCAAAGAGGGAAAACAACAAAAAUUAUCAUAAAUCCCUAAAAAUUGGGAGUGUUUGUGGAAUUAAUUUUGCUCAGUGACUACUAAAAUUUUAUGUUCUUAAAUUUUUAGCAUUUAUUCCAUAAUUUUAUGAUGAAAACUGUGUUUGUUACUUGGGGAAAAUUCUGUAGAUUCAUGAAUUUGGACAGAAAUGUUUAUAGGUGCCAUGUCAUGAUUCAUUUAUUUUCUGGUGUUGUUUUCUUUGUAUUUGUUUAUGUUAUUCAGGAAAUUUGACUUCAUCAUUCACAGAUUUUGUUACUUUACCAGUUUCGAUUUGUAUUUAUUUGGACUUAGCUUUUAAAAUAUCAAAUGUUAGGAGUUCCCUUUGUGUUGCAGUGGAAAUGAAUCUGACCAGGAACCAAGAGGUUGAAGGUUUGAUUCCUGGCCUUGCUCAGUAGGUUAAGGAUCCAGCAUUGCCAUGAGCUGUGGUGUAGAUCACAGAUGCAGCUUGGAUGCUGCGUUGCUGUGGUGUAUGCCGGCAGCUGUAGCUCCAAUUGGACCCCUAGCCUGGGAACCUCCAUAUGCCACAAAUGCAGCCCGAAAAAGCAAAAAAAAAAAAAAAGUUAGCUUCCUAUAAGAGGCUUCCAAUGUGAUCAGAUACUCUUAGAAGUCUUGCAGGUCUACUGUAUUUUCAAAAGCAAGAGAUCACACUGAAAAAUUUGGGAGCUUCAUUUUACUUUCACAGCAUUCUCAAUUUUGGCUUCUUUAAGUUGUAUUAAAUCCAUGAGAAGUUUAUUAUUUUUCACCACAGCUGAGUGAAUUUAUGGAUAUGUACUUGUCUUUUAUAUGAAUGUAACAUCCUACUUUUAGUUCUUCACAGGGUAUUGAAAUUAUUUAAUCAAUCAGGACAUUCUCAGAUUCCCAUCAUGACUCAGUGGUUAACGAAUCCAACUAGGAACCAUAAGGUUGCAGGUUCGAUCCCAGGUGUUGCUCAGUGGGUUAAGGAUCCGGUGUUGAUGUGAGCUGUGGUGUAGGUCGCGAUGCUGCUUGGAUCUGGCAUUGGUGUGGCUGUGGCGUGGGCCGGUGGCUACAGCUCCCAUUAGACCUCUAGCCUGGGAACCUCCAUAUGCCUCAGGUGUGGCCUAGAAAAGACAAAAAAAAAAAAAAUUAAGAUUUUCUCUGUGUUAUUUCCAAAGUCAGUGUUGUUGAUCAAAAUCCCACCAGGUGAGAAAAAUAACAAUUGUGACAUGAAAGCAUUGUGCAAUAUUCUUUUUUCAGUUGGAACAUAAUAUUCAUCAAAUUAAAAUCAUUUAAAAUGAGUAUUUGAUCUUCUUUUAAAUUGUUUGCUUUAAAAUAGCCAUGUCUGGGAGUUCCUGCCAUGGCUCAGCAGAAACGAAUCCAACUAGUAUCCAUGAAGAUAUGGGUUCAAUCUCUGGCCUCGCUCAGUGGGUUAAGGAUCCGGUGUUGCCUUAAGCUCUUGGUGCAUGUGGACCGCGCUCGGAUCCUACGUUGCUAUGGUUGUGGCGUAGGCUGGCAGCUGUAGCUCCAGUUGGACCCCUAACCUGGGAACCUCCAUAUGCCUCAGAUAUGGCCCUAAAAAGCAAAAAAUAAAAAUAAGAUAGUUAUGUCUGGGAAUUCCUGCUGUGGCACGAUGGGUUAAGGAUCCAGCAUUGUGCCAGGUGCGGCAAAAAGAGUCACUUCAUUUCAUAUUUUCUUUAAACGUGGUGUUUUUCACUGUGACUAAGUAGAGGUGGUUCAGCAGAUCUACCAAAAUAAGAGGCACAAUUCCUCAGAGUUACAUCAUAGUUUGAGUCCUUAGUGAGAUGGAAACUGCAAGACACCAAGAGAUGGAACUUGCUACAGAAUUUCUUUUGCCCCUCCGCUCUUUAAAUACAUUGUCCAUCAACAUUCAGAUAUUUCCCACUGCAUUCUGGUGUCAUUCUAAUGGUAGGUUACUCAGUAAAGGAAAUACUGCUGAGGUUUUGCCAGCAGUCCGCCGCGGAGCUGCAGGUAAUGGUUGUUAGGUAAUGGUUUCAGCAAAGUGGGGGUGGGUUGAUGGUGGAGUUGUGCUCUGGCUGCUUUUGUCUAUCAGCCCUCUGCCAGGAAUGGUGGUCCAUAGGCAUAGCCAGUCAUAAAUUAUCUUUGCAUUAUUUGGGACAAAUGAAUGAGUUUUUCCUAUUUAUUAUUUAAAGAUACAAAUAUCAAAAAAGCAGGCAAGGCAGAGGUCUAAAAAAAGAUGCCUUCCACUGGAGAGCUGCAGACAUUAGAGAUCUUGCCCACAGGGUGGCGCUGUGGCCUCUCUUCUUGGAGGAGCAUAUAGGUAAGUGCUCCAUUCGUGGCUCAUAGGUAACCAGCCGGCUAGGAUCCCUGAGGAUGCUGUGAGCUGUGGUGUAGGUUGCAGAAGUGACUCGGAUCUGGCAUGGUCUUGGCUGUGGCUGUGGAUUUGACCCUAGCCUGGGAACUUCAGUACGCCACAGGUGCAGCCUUUAAAAAAAAAAAAAAAAAAAAAAAAAAGGGCACCAGCCCGUCCAAAAUGCUGUUUAUUCCGUCAUUUCAUGACUUCCCAGGAGAAGGGGGGUGGGGUUCUCAGGAUUUCCACAAUAUUUGGCUCAAAUGGAUUUACUCCUGUUGAGCCCUGGCCUGGAGUCACUUUUGAUGAGAACUGGUUUUUCUCAUGGGUAGAGAAACUGGAGUAACUUUCUUGGGCCCCAAGUUUGUAGGUAAUAGGGCACACUGCCCCCUAUUCCUUUCUUUUUUGAAUGUCACUAAAAUCUACUUUUGAAAUUUGUAUUCACUGAAUCCCAAGGAACCCAUGAAAGAUGUUAAGUCCUGAGACCUCUCUUUAACGGGGGCAACCCUUAGUGACUGUGUGGUUCUGGGCAGAACAACCCAAUCCGCAGAUAGUGGUUGGAACCCAGUUCCCUGGAAGACAUAGAUGAUUUUUUCAGUCCUCCUUUAGUUUUCUCCAGCGUUAUUUCUGGCAUUUCUUUCAGAGACAGGUAUAUUUGAGGAGAAAAUCUCUUCUUCUUUCUCUUCAGAAGCCAUUUAUCCUGUUCUGCCUCCUGUUGACCAGCAUUGGUGUACAAAGCUCUCUCCCUAGUUUGGUGGUUAGCGUCUCCAAGGCAGGACUUGUGUGUUGCUCACAGUGAAACACUAGCUGCAUAAAUGUUUGUAAAGGAUAAUGUAAUUCCUUCUUCCAGCUGCCAUGUCUCUUCCUUGCAUCUUCACAGAACCAUUCCAUGGUUCUCAGUUUUGGUCUCUCUGGCUCCCACUGCAUAUCUCUUUUCCUCCCUGAGAGCAAGUAAUAUGCACAGUCAAAAUGGCAGGGUGUCUUGUAGGCACUUAGUAAUUUACUCCUAAUCCCAAAGGGAGAGACCCCAGCAGUAAGACCCCAGGUUUUCUUCACAAAAUUGGGUAGUCUGCUGUUUCUUCCCUUGCCUCUAUGCUCAUUUUAAGGUUUCAUAUAUGAAGUAUCUGGGUUAAACAAGACAAGACUCUCCAUAAUCAUGGAUUCUAAAGGAAGAUAUGCUCUCUGCAAGGAUCAAGGGCCCUCAUCAGAUCACUAGAUGGUCUAUACAACAAUAGCAAGAGAGCUAAGCACCAGUUCCCAGGCAGAGCAUCAGUGCAAGUAGGAAGUGGGACAAUGGACUAAACAAGCAAACAAACUGAGUAUCUCCCAAAAGUGGAAGUUACCAGAGAUCUCUGUUUCCAAGGCAACAGCAACCUGCUAAGAUCUUGCUUGAGAAUAAGAACAUGAUUAGCCAGGGUAUACAGUUUUGCAAAUCAUUAAUGAUAAGUGUAGCAUGAGGUUCAACUUUCUCUGUAUCCCUUUAUUUCUGAUUCUAUUCUUUCCUGGGUGGAAAACCAAAAUAUCACUCAGAUCUUAGGAUCUGUUUCCUCACAGUUUAAUUUUUGACGUCAUAAAGAGGACAAGGCGUGGUACCUGCUCAGACCCCCUGGGCACACACGUCUUCUAUGGCACUGACCUCAUUAUAUUUCAAUUGUUUGAUGGCAGGUUGUAUUUCUCACUAAAAUGGUAGUUCAUUGAGAGUAGGUCAGAUUAGUUCAACAAGGUUUACUGAAUAUCUUUUAUGUCCUAGGCACUUUGCCAGAUCUUGGAAAUGUAGAAAUGAAUAAAAAUGUCUCUGACUUUGAGAAGCUUGUAUCUAGUAGAAAAGAUGAACAGAUAUUUUUCAGUACCAUGGUAAGUGUAAGGAUAAAAGUAUGUAUAAGUUGCCUUGUGCUCAGAAAGCCGUUCUUAGCUCAUCUGAGGGGACAAAGAUGCCUCAAAUUGACUACUGACUCGACUCUUGAUGUAUGAUAGGAAUUAGCUAGCAAGGCAGUUUCGGUGGAGGAGGGGUCUGAAUCCAGGCAGCACUGGGUCACCAAGUGAUUGGGCUUAGGAACCAAAGACAAUGGGUACAGUAUUCCUCCCAGAAGAUGCAAUGACAAUGAAAAUGAUGGUGUGGGACAGUGAAUUGAACCCUUACCUUGUCGCUUAUAGUGUGCUUGUCAGGGAAGUCCUAGGUCUUGGUGUUUGUUGUCAGGAAUAUUUAGUUCCAGUGACUAAAAUGGAACUAAUCCUGCUCAAUAAAAAUAGACUUUCACAUUUGUAAAAUUUCCAAUAGGAAUAACAACGUUAUUAAGUAAAAGUUUAAGCCAAGAACUUCCUAAACCAGCAUUUUCCUUGUAUUUCCUCUAAACGGGGAAAAGGACCAUUAAGAGUAGAAAUUUGAUUCUUCAUAUGUAUCAUAAAAGGAGUUUCAUCAGAAGGUACAUAAGAAGGACCUACUGCAUAGCACAGGGAACUCAAUGUUCUGUAAUAACCUAUACAUGAAAAGAAUCUGAAAAAGAAUGGGUAUGUGUAUGUACAUGCAUAGCUGAAUCACUUUGCUGUAUACCUGAAACUAACCCCACAACACUGUAAAUCAACUAUACUCCAAUAGAAAAGAAAAAUUAAAUUAUAAAAGAAACAAUUUGAUCGUUUAAACAGAUGGAACUGAUAAAAUCAUCCUGUCGUGUUCAACUUACUGACUUGCUUGCAUCACUUUGUACCUGGUGUAACUCAGACAAUGACAACAACAACAACCAAAAAAAAAAAAAAAAAAA